GUGUAGAGGAGGGAAGCCACCCACACACGCCCUGCGCUGCCUGGACUCACACACACACCACUCUGCCCCAGCCAUCCGGGACCUGUCUAUUCUGCUCCUGACCAUCCCUGACAGGCUGCAGUCAUGCCUCUCUCGGCCCCCGCUCCUCCAAACAAGAGAAAGAAGGUCAACAAAAUUAUCACUGACCUGUCCCACAUCACCCAAGAUGAUAAUGAGUCGGACCCUGAGGCCUCAGAGUUUGACCUGGGCACCAAGAUCAAGACCCCCAAGGAUGUCAUGCUGGAGGAGCUGUCUCUGCUCAAUAACAAGGGCUCCAAGAUGUUCAGGAUGAGGCAGCAGAGAGUGGAGAGGUUUAUCAUCAGCGACGAGUCUCUGCAAAAUUUUGAGAACCUGGUUCCAUCCCUGGGGUGUGAAGUGAUGUUCCCUCCUACUCCUCCCCCAAAGCCCGUGGUGGAUGAGGAGGCAAUGAAGGCAGAGCUGGAGAGGAAGAGGCAGGAGUACAUCCAAACCUACGUAUCUCCAUGGGAACGCGCCAUGAAGGGAGACCAGACCCUCACAGCCACCAUGAGGGCCUGCAUGCCAGGACCCUACAUCCACAAAGACCUGCCCCUCUUCAAGAGCUUCAACAGGACGGCGUUGCCCUAUGGGGGCUUUGAAAAGGGCAACAGGCUGCUGACCUUCGAGGCUCCUGAGAUCCGAUUGGCCCCCGAGGAGCCGGAGCCCCUCCCCUCCCUGCAGGCAGACAUCCGGUCCCGCCCCUCCUUUAACCGCACCCCCAUAGGCUGGGUCUGCAGCGAGGACUGCACCCACACCCCCCUGGAGCUCGACACCAUCCCCUUCGACGGAGAGACGGAUGACCUGUGAACACACGCACGCGCGCAGAGACGAGGAUCACACACACAUGUUGAUAUGUAUCUACUUGCAUGGAACACAGUGGCUUGUGUAGAAGGGAGUGUAACAUAGAUAUGAAUCCAUAGUGCUUUGUCCUGUCUCUCUCUCUCUCCUCCCUCCCUCUUGUCCUCUUGCUCGGCGUUUUACUCUACGAUGAUGACCGUGAUGGCUGAACAUGCACUAGAGUUAUCUAAUAAACUUCCACUGUACAGAA